AUGUUUAUUGAAUCCGUUCUUAAUCUAUCUAUCUAUCUAUCUAUCUAUCUAUCUAUCUAUCUAUCUAUCUCUUUCUUUCUCGUUCUGUUACUAUCUAUCUCAUUCUUUCUUUCUUUCUUUCUCAUUCUGUUACUAUCUAUCUAUCUCAUUCUGUUUGUUUUUUUCUUGCUAUGUACCUAUCUCAUUCUGCCUUUAUCUAUCUAUCUAUCUAUCUAUCUAUCUAUCUAUCUAUCUAUCUCUGAAUGUUCAAAUAUCUAUUUCUCUUUCUUCCAAAUUAUUUUUUUCAUCGACCUUUUUUCUUAUCUCUUUCCGUUUUUAAAUCUUUCGAGUUUUUACUUAUUUUCUUUCUCUUUUUCUCCUUAUAUUCUUCUUUUUCUAUUCAAUUUGUCUCCAUUUUUCGGCGCUUUUACUCUUUCUUCCUCACUCUCCUUUUUCUCUUUUUUCAUUCCAGUUUUACUCUUUCUUCUUCAUUCCCUACUUCUCUUUCUUCUUCUUCACUCUAUUUUUCUCUUUCUUUUUCACUCCUAUCUCUCUUUUAUCACUCCUCUUUUCUCUUUUUUUUCACACCCUUUUUUCUCUUUCUUCUUCAUCCACACUUUCUCUUUCUUUUUCACUCUCUUGCUAUUUUUUGCUUUUUUAAGAGUAAAAUCUAUCUAUCUAUCUAUCUAUCUAUCUAUCUAUCUAUCUCAGCUUGAUUCUUUCUCUCUUUUUCUAUCUAUCUAUUUCAGGCUGUUUAUAUCUAUCUAUCUAUCUAUCUAUCUAUCUAUCUAUCUAUCUAUCUAUCUAUCUAUCUGCCUGAGUCACUUAUCUAAAGUAGAUAUAUGUCAGUAA